CGGAAGCUGACUGGUUGAGCACGGGAAUUCCAUCCUAUUUCUACUUCGCGUAGUCGUUCGACCGUCGCGACGGUCGCCGUUUUCGCAAACUUUUCGCAAGCUUUGUUGAACGCUGAUCGCGUCACGGGCGUAGGUAUCAAUCACGGUAUGUGAAUGACUGGUCGUCGUCUGCGCGCACGCAUUAUUAUCGUUAAGUCUGUAAAUACUGUGCAUCAAGGCGUCUGUAUUACGCUCGCGCAGAGGGCUGAUAACUGGCGGAGAUAAAUCACGGCUGAAAUCCUUGAUUCUGUACCAAACCGUCCUGCUAUCGCGUUACUUUGAGGUUAAGUUCAGUGGUGAUUUGCAAUAAACGGCCUAAUUUCAACUGCAGAUCUAAUAUGAACAGCUGAAGGAUGACAAUCAACUACGAAGUUGUCGCAGAUCUCCGCACGUUUCAUCAGCAUCGAAUUUCUUGAACAAUGAUGUCUUGCUUUUGGAGCUGAGGCAGGAAUCAUUUAGGAUUAGCGAGUUGGAGAAGAGGUGUAACAGGAUCACUGAAAAGGUCGCCUGCGAGACUCCGGCGCACGUUUGUAACAAGAAGGAGAGCCUUAAGUCGUCGCCAAGGUCUUGGCCAAUAGGAAAUCGCCUCAGUGCCCUGAACUAACGAAGCCCUGAAGUUGAAGCGGAGUAUGAUGGUGCCGACAACUACACAUUCGACUAAUGUUCGGCUGCUGAUAGUUAGCACGCUGCUUGCCGCAGCGGCGUUGAUUGACGCUAAGAAGGCCAAUCGCGACGACGACAUCGAGGAAUCAAGCCGCCCGCCUCCAUGUGACAGUCCGAUCUAUUGUUAUGGCGACAUCUUGCACACCGUGCAAACGAAUUCUAUCUACACCGAUUCGAAGACCUUCGUCGAUAUGAAGAUGAGGAAUCCUCAAAACAAAACACUGCUGUUGUUUGAGGAAUUCAUGAACAGCACCGGACACGCGCCGACGAAGACGGAGAUCGAGGUGUUCGUCAACAACACGUUCGAGGCUGCGGGUUCGGAGUUCGAAGAUUGGGAUCCGUCAGACUGGACGGAGCAUCCGAAGUUCCUCGACAACAUUCUGGACCCUAAUUUGAACAAGUUUGCCUCCAGUUUGAACGAGAUAUGGAAACUUUUGGGGCGAAAGAUGAAGGACGAGGUGAAAGAGAACGAAGAUCUUUACUCGAUAAUAUACGUUCCGAACCCGGUAAUUGUGCCCGGUGGAAGAUUCCGAGAAUUUUAUUACUGGGACUCGUACUGGAUCGUCAGGGGCCUGCUUCGUUCCGAAAUGCACACUACCGUCAGGGGAAUGCUAUCGAAUUUCGUCAGCGUAGUGGAAAGAAUAGGCUUUAUACCGAACGGCGGAAGAGUUUACUACAAGAUGAGAUCACAGCCACCGAUGUUGAUACCGAUGGUCAAGGCUUACCUGGACGUUACCAAUGACCUCGAUUGGCUUACGGAAAACGUCUGGCUUUUGGAGAAGGAGUUUCAGUUCUGGAUGAACAAUCAUACCGUGACAUUUGAAAAGGAUGGGGUAUCCUACACUAUGGCUCGAUAUUAUGAGAUUUCCUCCGGCCCGCGGCCCGAAUCCUACAGAGAGGAUUACGAAUCUGCUCAAUAUUUUCGUACGGAUGCGGAGAAAAAUCUGUUCUACAGAGAAUUGAAAGCUGGAGCUGAGUCCGGCUGGGAUUUCUCCAGCCGUUGGUUCAUCUCCGAAAGUUAUACCAAUAAAGGCAAUCUAACAAGUAUAAAAACGUCCCACAUUAUUCCCGUGUGUUUGAACUCGAUAUUAUACGGCAACGCAGUUUUGCUAUCCGAGUUCUAUACACAAGUUGGUAACGCGACGAAAGCCGCAGAAUACGCGAGUAUCGCUGAACAGUGGCAAAAGGCUGUGACGGCUGUUUUGUGGCACGAUGAAGUCGGCGCAUGGCUCGACUACGACUUCGUUAACGAGGUGAAACGUGACUACUUUUACCCCACGAACAUCGCGCCCUUCUGGACCCAUUGUUACGAUCCUGCGAACCGCGAAAAUCACGUGGCCAAGAUUUUGAAGUACCUGGAAAAGAGCCAGAUCAUGAUUCACCUGGGAGGCAUUCCCGCUACGCUGGAGCAUUCCGGUGAACAAUGGGACUACCCGAAUGCCUGGGCGCCGUUGCAGUGGAUCAUGAUCAGAGCUUUGAACAACACCGAGGACCCUUGGGCGCAAAGAUUAGCCUACGAAAUCAGCCAGAGAUGGGUGCGAACCAACUGGUUGGCGUUCAACGAAACCGGCUACAUGUUUGAGAAGUAUGACGCAACCGUCGCAGGGGGUCACGGAGGCGGGGGCGAAUACGAGGUCCAGCUGGGUUUUGGGUGGUCAAAUGGGGCCGCUAUGGAGUUGAUGUAUAGGUACGGGGACAAACUCACAGCCGAGGAUUACUUCACUCCGAACGACGUUUCGAGUUCCGCUUUCGAACAGCAGGUUGUCGUAUCGUCUACCGGUCAGCUACUCACAGGAAUUCUAGUGCUUAUCAUAUCGUUAGCAACAGGAUUCAUAGGUAUGGUGGUGUACAAGAGCCGGAAUUAUUAUGCUCCUGCACCGUCGACGAUGACGAACAAGAAGGGGACUAACCCAGCGACGAGCGGAAGCCUUUACAGGAAACGUGUCGCCUACACGGAGCUCAAGGAUCUAAACUACGAUUGAUAAAUGCUCAAAGAUUAGGAAGACAUUUUUAAAGCGGGUCUGAUCGUGUUUGGACUAGUAUUUCUUUAUCUAUAAAACGAGUGAGGUUCGACUUUUACAAACAUUAUGGAAUCCUCAGCGAUGGUCAUCCGUCGUCAGAAGUUAUCGGAUAAUAUUUAUACAUACGCUUCCGUAAGUUUAAGUAUAGAUAUUCGUCAUGUUUGUUCCUUUGCUCAGACGUGAAAGUCCACCGCUCUUAGUAGGAAUUCUGUAGAUUAUAUAGCUAUGAAAAUAGCACCAAUUAGUGACCAGUUAUGCAAAUACAAGAGCAACGUUAUUUUGUACAUGUAAGUUCUUUGACACGGAUAUAAUUUACUCAGAAAAUAACUGGUCCUAAUCAACCUUGGAGCUCGAAUGUGUUUCUAUGAAGGAAAAAAAAAUAAUAAUCAAGUGCCUAAAAGUCGUACGCAGUUACGAUAGAACUACUCCCUAGCUAUUUCAUUUCAUGUAUAUGUAUCAUGUAUAUUUCUCAAACUUGUGCGAUAUCUGUUAGCUAAUUUUCUUGGCACAAUUCUCAUCUUAUUCCCUUUCUCCUGUGUCUUACAUCAGUUUAGGUUAUCUUAUCGUUAGACGUAAAAACGAUUUUUAAAAAAAUUGACGCGAUGAAAGUGAAUUAAGGCAACUGCAACGGCCGAGCAGAAUUUAUGUACCAUAUAUUUGCACGUAAGAUCAGCCUUUUGAGAACGUUCGUUACAAUAUUUUCAAAUGGGCAUUAGGAUGUAAUAAAAUAUUAUAAUAGUCCAGGAUAAUAGAAAAUAUGUUUGAAUUUUAACGAUCUAGAAAUAUUUAGUUCAAAAAUUGCUAAGUAGUCUAAUUGUAAGUAUAUGAUAAUUGUACAAAUUCAUCCUGCGUAUGAUUAUGUUUCGUCAGUAAAUGUAUCUAGAUUCUGAUGAGCGAGCGAUUUGUACAAGACAAGCAUUUCAACUAGUUCCUUUGGCGACCGACUUUGUGCAAAGAUAUUUUGAUUCUCGAUCGUUUCAGCCUGUAGCGUGUAACGUGUAUUGAGAUCUGGGGCAGCGUUUUGCAAACUCGUAAUAUGUAAAUAUUACACAGCGAUGAUCAAAGAUAAUAUUUACGAAUGUUAUGUACUUUGGUUUACGUUACCGAGUGUGAACAUUUGGUCUGUACUUAUAUCUUGACCGUAUGGAAAUGGCAGAGAUCAGUAUUGUCAAAUUUUAACUUGAGAUCGCAAAGUACAAUGUAUAAUAAAGGAAAAUUAUAGAUGGAUCAAAAUCCUAGCACCGGCUUGUCGAUAGCUAGACCAGUUGGAAAUGCUUACACCUAUUUGCAGGAUAGCUAUAAAAAUUGAGAAAAAAAUUUCGAUAAUUUAUGAAUAUUCGAUUUAAAAUUCGAUGAAAAGGUAAACUGUAGCUAAUGCAUUAAUCUCCAAUUCUCUUCCGUCACUUUUCGCGUUCAAGUCAUUCUGUGAAGGACAACGUAGCCGAGAUCAAUUUUGGCCUCACUAUUUUCUACGUGAAGUUAUAGUAAUUCGAUUAAAAUCAAAUCAUCUAACUUCGACCAGUGAUUAAACCUGUAUAUGGAUCAUCGGCGAAAGAAAACCAUAAAAGAUAAUGUAUGAUAUUCUAUGAAGCAAAUUUGACGAAAUUAGGAAAGUAAAUAAACAAAAUUUUAAAAUGAUUAAACAAAUAAAUAGAAGUGUAAAUAAGUGAAUGACUAAGAGGCCAUGACAUUGGAUUUUAAAAUGGUAACAAGUAUGCGUGUAUAAUGUUUUUUUGUGUUCGCUUAUCAUCAUAUUUGAAUAACGGCACGGUAUAUUGGAACUGGAACUAUAACUUAAAUAUAUAAUUAUUAUAAUAAAUACUCAAUUAACUCAUCCCACCGAGGGAUGUGUGUAUAAUCUGCAGUAUAAUGGCCGACUAGAUAUAGGUAUGAGAGUUUAGAUUGUUAUUUUAUAAUGUGAGGAUUCCUGUGUAUUAUAUAUAUAUAAUAUAUAUAUAUAUAUACAUAUGCAUACAUAAUGAUGUAAUAUAUAUAUAUAUAUUGUACACAUGUAUAUUAUUGUGUAUGGGGAAAUAGUGAUGGCUUAACAUUGUGAUCAAUUAUUAGGUUUCAUCACAUGGUAUACAAUUUAUUGUUACUGUCUGUAUAGUAUCAGUAUCAGAAGCUUGCACAUGCAAUUCAGGGUAAAAUUGAUUCAGGAUAUUUCACAAUACACUUUUUCUUCGACAUGGUGAAUACGCACAAAGCAAAACGGUCAUAUUUCCCCACUGUUUGCUAAUCAAUUAUCAGGAAUACACCCAGUCGAGGAAAGUGAUUUGAAACAUAAAUUGCAAAGCUCCUUUUGUUUUUUUUUUUGUUGCUGUUUUGUCUACAAUAGCAGAAUAUUUCAGUAUUUUGAUAUACACAUAUAGGCUGGAUGUUGACCGUGUGAAGUUUAUACAUACAAUGAUUCAUAUAACUUAUAUUUUCCAUUGAUUUGCAUGUACUUGAUCAUUUGUUUGUUCAACACCAUCAAUAGUGAGAUAAAAUUUUAAAAAACACCUGAUUUUUUCCUUGUCUCCUUCUUCAAUAUUAAUUGAAACAGUUUUUUUUGAAAUUUUUAACCAAAAUGUCUGUAUAUUCAGCUUCGACGACUAUUAUUUCUACAAUACGAUUACUUCUUUUAUUUACUGCUGGAAUAAAUAUCAAUUAAAAAAAAAAGAAAAAGAAAAACAGACACAAACGGAACUAAAUAAAAUCAAAUCAUGCAUCAAAUCACUGUACAUACAAAUAAGUAAAUUGCAAAUUAAAAGGAGGAUAAUACGAAAAAUGAAAUAAAACGUGGAAUAAACUGCGUAUGGGUAAUGUAUUAAAGUGAUGACUAAAUUAUUAAUAAAUGUAUUUUAUUUUUAA